UCGACCGCCAAGUAAGUUACAUUUUGCCAUGUCACGCUAAAGAAGUUUGAGACAGUUUAUUUAUAGAAAAGUGGAUUGGCGUGGGCACAGAGACAUAUGCCGCUGGAUAUAUGAUCUGAAAUGAGAGCCUGUCGUGUUUUUUGAAGGUAUUUCCCGGUGAUUUCUGAGCCGCUGUUAUUACUGUAUAGCUAAUGUAACACAGUGAAGCCAGUAGCCUCAUGUUUUCGUCAAGCCAAGAGGAGCACUGCGCCCCGUCCAAAGACCCGGUGAAAUACGGGGAGCUGGUGGUCCUGGGGUACAAUGGCUCUCUGCCCAAUGGAGAUCGGGGUAGACGGAAAAGCAGAUUUGCGCUAUACAGGAGGACCAAAGCCAACGGUGUUAAGCCGAGCACCGUGCACAUCCUCAACACACCCCAGGCAAGCAAGGCUGUGAACUGUAAAGGCCAACACAGCAUCUCCUACACGCUGUCCAGGAACCACACGGUAGUGGUGGAGUACUGCCACGACAAAGACACCGACAUGUUUCAGAUUGGGCGAUCCACUGAGAGCCCCAUAGACUUCGUGGUGACUGACACAGUAGCAGGCGGCCAGGAGGGAGAGGAGACCCCCAUCACUCAGAGCACCAUCUCACGCUUUGCCUGCAGAGUGGUCUGCGAGCGCGUCCCACCUUUCACCGCCCGCAUUUACGCUGCUGGUUUUGAUUCUUCCAAAAACAUCUUCCUUGGGGAAAAAGCUGCAAAAUGGAAGAACCCCGAUGGUCACAUGGACGGACUGACAACCAAUGGCGUGCUUGUAAUGCACCCCAAGGGUGGUUUCACAGAGGAGUCCAAGCCUGGCGUGUGGAGAGAGAUCUCUGUUUGUGGGGACGUCUAUACGCUGAGAGAGACCCGCUCGGCACAGACUCCAGGCAAACUGGUGGAGCAUGAGAGCAACAUCCUGCAGGACGGCUCCCUGGUGGAUCUCUGCGGAGCCACUCUGCUGUGGCGUACUGCAGAAGGCCUCUUUCACACUCCCACCCAAAAGCACCUGGAGGCCCUCAGGCAGGAGAUCAACGCGGGGCGCCCCCAGUGCCCCGUGGGUCUGAACACCCUCGCCUUCCCCAGCAUGCAACGCAGCCGCGCCCUCUCCUCUCUGGAGGAGAAGCAGCCCUGGGUCUACUUAUCUUGCGGCCACGUGCACGGCUACCACAACUGGGGCCACCGCUCGGAACAGGAUGCCAACGCUCAGCGAGAGUGUCCCAUGUGCCGGAUGGUCGGGCCCUACGUGCCGCUGUGGCUGGGCUGCGAGCCGGCCUUCUACGUGGACACAGGGGCCCCCACCCACGCCUUCGUGCCAUGCGGACACGUGUGUUCUGAGAAAUCAGUGAAAUACUGGGCGGAGAUCCCGCUGCCCCACGGCACCCACGCCUUCCACGCCGCCUGCCCCUUCUGUGCCACCCAGCUCGGCCUCACUAAGGGCUUCGCCAAGCUAAUCUUCCAGGGCCCGGUGGACUGAGCCCGAGGGUCCUGCUCCGGUAGAGAAGAUUAGACAGGAAUGCCAACAUGCUGUGAAACUGUUGAAAUGAUUUUGUGCUUUCUUUGGUUCAUGUAAGCCAGCUGCGGAAAGUAGUAAGUCUUCUGGUCAUAUACUGUGGAUUCUUUACAACAGAGAGCCGUUACAGAUUGUUCAGGGCCACUGUGACAUACAGGGACGUGGACCACGCGUGGCUCCUCCAGGACUGAAUACGAUUUCACCUGAGACUGCUUUAAAGACGAUUGUUUUACACUAUUAUCACUGCUGGUUUCCAUCGGAUGGCCUUUAAAUAAGGUAGAAGGAACAGCAGACGGACACUGAUAACAUAUUCUAGUUCAAUUCCUUGUGGGUCUGAGUUAUUAGAGAGCCAGACAGCUGGACUGUUGGCUGGGAGAAAAGCUGAGAGAAUCUUUGAGUAUAAUGGCGAUCUGGUUCAGCGCUCCCCUUCGCCCUGCCGGCCCUGACCCCUUAGCGGCAUCUCCAUCUCGUAGCUCUCUUGGCUUCCAUCUGCUGAACUUUGAGGAGGCGGGGGGAAAUACUUUUUGUGUACAGAGAUAUAAUCCAGUGCCUCAAAUCCCAUCAAACCGUGGGAAUAUUUUUCAUAAAGGAGAAGAGAUAUUUUGUUGAAGGCAAAGGGAGAGAUAGUUUUUUGCAUACAUAGGGAAGAGACAGCCCACAUGGAUUCUUUUUAUGACAGAAGAGCUAUUUUACUACACUGAGGCCCUUGUACUGUUUUGUAAUGCAAAUGUUAAUAUAUUUUUCUCCUGCAUAAAUGGUGUGUGUGUGUGUGUGUGUGUGUGUGCGUGUGCCUGCGUGUGUGACUGUAUGUGUGGGUGCCCUGCAUCAUUUCACCCCAAUCCCCUUUUUAUGAUCUCGCCCACCCCCCAAAACACCACCAGAGAGAAAACAGGAGUCAAACCCACCUUGAAGGGUUUGAUAAUGAAUGUAGUGAGAUACAUUGCCUCUCCUCACUGGUGGUGCUUCAAUAAUACAACUUGCUUUCUUUAUGGCUGUGCUUUUAAAGGUAUAGCUAAGGCCUAUUUGACAACAAACUACCACAUGCAUCCACCUAGCUUGUUGGCUAGCCGUGUCCAUGCCCCACACACAUGUACUGUAUUCAAUCUGCACUGUUGUUAGCUUUAUCCCACGCUGGGUCUGAUCCAAUGAUUUGUACGCUGUCAAACCUGGGCACAGUCUCAGCAGCAUUCAGAGAUUAUACCAAAUAUAAGGAGAUGUUUUUUUGUCUCCAAACGCAAGAUGUAACGACCACUCUUCUCAGAUCCAAAGUGUUUCUGUAAACAGUCCUAAACCCAAACUGCUGCUAUCGUGGAGUGUUGACAGCUCUGGAUUACAGUGGAGGCUGUUCAGCUGCUCGCAAACCAGCAGAAUAAUGAUAUUAUCGCACACCAUGCCAACAUUGAUGAGUUCUAUUGUGUGUGGAUCAAAAAAGUAGCCGGUGAAUUGAAAGUAAAGAAUCUGGGACAAAUCUGCAUUAUUCUGCUAUGUUAGCUUACCAGACUGCCUAUAUGUAGAGUGUAGCUGAAUGCAUUAAGUCUAACUCUAGUUUAACAAAUACAAUAUUGAGCAUUAAAUCUAUGAGUUGAUCGUAACACUUUUAUUAUAGCAUUCAAAUGUGUUUUGGAUGUAAUAUGAAUCCAGUCCGAUUAAGGGCUCACUUACUAAGAGAAACAUACCUAGCAUUCUUAAAAACAUCAGCAGCAUUACGCUUCUUGCAUACCACAUUUGUGAAUUUAGAUUUUAUGUAACUGCCGAGCAGGGUCAAGUACUAAGCCACAUAUUGUACAGUUGCAUUCCUCUCCAACACUUUCAGCUCUAACACUGUGCCCAUUGCUUAAGACCGUGUUCUGUAACAGCUGCAGAGUAGCUGCCUCAAACAUUCCUCCUCGGUAAACAUGGGUGGGGCCCUCAGUUCACCCAAGGGCUUGUUCUAUGAUUCUGUCUCAUACAGGAACUCUGUACACAAGCCAUAGAACGCACUGAUGCUCCCAAUGCCUCCUUUGCAAAGAAUAAAAUAUUUUUUAAAAAGA